AUGAGAGGCCUGUUCUUCGAUUUUAAGCUUAUCUCCGCGCGACCAGCGAUAUCAGAUACUGACGGCGAUGGAAUCGUUUUCUCGCGUGUCUUCCGCGGGUCCACAGAUGCCACUGUGUUCGAGGACUUCAUAGCGCAGCUUCUUCAGCACUGCGGAAGAUGGCCCGAACCUAAAUCCGCUCUGGUUAUGGACAACGCCUCGUUUCAUCAUUCAGAGCGGAUGACGCAGAUGUGUGUAGAUUCAGGGGUAAAAUUGGUCUAUCUGCCACCCUACUCGCCGGACUUCAAUCCAAUUGAAGAGUUUUUCGCUGAGCUCAACGCCUGUAUUAGACGCAACUGGAGUUAUUAUGAAGUAGACCCCGAUCAAGGCUUUGAUGACUUUCUUGAAUGGUGUGUUGAUGUGGUCGGUGCAAAAGAAGAGAGUGCUAGAGGUCAUUUUCGGCAUGCAGGCUUGAAGAUCGAAGAAGUUUCGGGAAGUUAUUAG